AUGCCUCAAAUGUACUUGCCGCCCUUGUCGACAAAACAAACACUGCGUCAGCUGCUGACUGGAGCCGAGCCGUCCCCUGAAAAGCUACGUGGACCGCUAACGCGAGUCCUGCAGAUUUUGCCCAAACCUACUUUUGUAUCAGGGGCGAUCAAGGCGCGUCAUCUGCCUGAGCUGGUUGCUGCUGUUCAUUACUACCAGGCCAAUGUUUCGAAUAAUAUGCCUGAAGUUCUCAUGAAUGAUUGCAACGUCGGCUCGGUUGCUCUCCUCCGAGCCUGCAGUAACCUACUCGUUACGAGCAACAAGUCGCCAAUUUCUGGUCAGAUAUCAAGCUACAUGACAGACAUAUAUCUUCGCCCUCAAGGCUUCGUUGCUGCAACUGAAUUUGUCCUCCAGCCGCAGGAGAAUGGCGAAGUGUCUCUCAAACAGUUUGAACUUCUAGCCAGGCUCAUCGCAGCAAAGCCAUCCUCCAUGGAAGUCAGUCGAUACUUGCAGUACAUCCUGCCUCAAAUCAUGAUAGCAUUGGACGACAAGUCAGAAGCUGGCAGCAUCAGAAAGCGAGCCGCGCCUUUUGUCGUGCGCGAGAUCAUCAAGCAGUUCGGUGCCCCUGCACAGACGAUGCUGAUUGAUAUGGUCGCGCAACCGAUGAUGAUAGGAGACAUGAAGGUUCCUUCGGAAGUACUGGAUCCUGCUCUGGAGCGUCUAUGCAUCUUGACGCAGGACUUUCAGGUGACUCAAGUAGUGCUCGCGGACGUCGCACUAGGUGCCUUUGUAUUCGGCUACUCAGCACAUCGCCAAGGUCUUCACGCUACACGAGAUCUAUGUGAACGACUAGUCAUUCGAUUCGUCCGUUGCCGUGAAGCGGAUCUCCUUAUGGAGCUCUGGCAACAAUCAACUACCAGGUCAGAGCUGCCCGUCCUCACAAAGCGUGGCGAAGUGACGCCCGUUCAGCCUAUCGAAGUCUGCCAGUACUUUCUACGGAUAGCGGAGCUUGUCCGCUCGGAGAAACAAUUACUGGUUAUGUUCUAUGAGAAGCUGGUUCAAUGGGACGCACCUGCAAUAGCAGCACUGCAGAAUAUGAAGCUUUUGAUUGAGCUGCCGACAGUCUAUGCCAAAGUCUUUCACGAGUCGACGGAACGGCUUGUUCGGCUUGUUCGUGGACUGGACGAUCGACCCGAUCAAGGACUCUAUGUCUCUUUAACUCUGAUCAAAAUCACAAUUGAAAGUCCCUCUCUCGACAAGCACUUGACCAUCAUGGACAUUGACGAGGUGAACGCCAAGUUAGGAGUGAUCAGGCACUCUUCACAUCGGCUAGGCGAGUCUGGUCAACAGGUCAGCCAACUUGCACAGGCGCUUGUUCAACAGCUUUCGCUCAUCAAAAUGCGUCGAGAAGUGGCUACAACGUCGGCAAAGGCAACAAACACCGUCAGCACCAGCACCAGCAAUACAAUGAAAUUGGCUCAAAACAAGUAUCGGGAAGCGCUCAAGGAUAUCACUGAUGAAGUCAUUUCCAACAGAGCGCAUGGCCUGUAUCUGCUUUCUGAAUUGUGCAAGCAAGCGAGAGAACCAAGGGCAAGCAAAGAGGUGCGUGAUGUGGUGGAAGCAAAGCGCAUGGUAGAUGCCGUUAUCACACUCUUGGGGGAUGAGGAGGAUUUUGUCAGCAUGAAUGCAAUCAAGACGCUCACACAGCUUGUGCUCACCUACGCAGAGGCUGCAGAUCAUGCCUUGGGCGAAGUCAACGAAGCAGCCAAGUAUACUGAUUCGGUACGCGUGAGCAUAAACAAAGCACUGCAAGCAGCAUCGAAGGAGACAAUCGAUAUAUCUUUGAAGAGCAAAAUUGGUAUGCUGUCGAGAGCGUAG